UAAUUGUGUUGAUCUCUUUUCAUUUGAUUGUAACAAUUAACUUUUUUUUUCUCUCUCUCUCUCUGUAAUUAUAUUGACUGAUUAUUAGCAGUUUUAUCACUCAAUUGGAAUUCAUUUUUUUCUCCUUCUGUUAACUAAUUGUUUCCAAUGAAUUUGCUCAUCUUGUGAAUCUCUUGUUACAUUUUUAAAAUUUUUCUCAAAUUUCUUACAUUUUUCUAUAUUACAAUUAUAUCUUUCACCACUUUAAGUGCCGGAAAUUGAUAGACAAUCAAUUAAUUGAUCACCAGAAUGCAAGAUACUAUCAUGAGAAUUCAAAAUACCAAAAGUCAUUUACGUUCAAAUGAGAAACAAUUGAUUGUUCAAAAAUGGAUUGAUAAUCCAACCUUGAUAGGCCGAAGGCGAACCAAAGAGACCCGAAGAUUAGUCCGUGAGAGCUUCAAAUCGACCAAUGAUAUUUACACUGAAGUACUUCAUCUAUCCCUUUCUUGUCCUAUCACAAAGAGAAGGAUUAAAUUGCCCUGUAUAAGCACUUUCUGUGAGCAUGUUGCUUGUUUUGAUGGUGAAGCUUUUCUCAGUGUCAACAAAUGUCGAGCCAUUUGGCAUUGUCCUAUUUGCAAUAUAACCUUUGACCUUGAAGAUAUAAGAAUUGACAGUUUGAUUGAAAGAAUUUUAUCCAAUACUCCAAAUGAUUGUCUAAGAGUUUCACUUGACCAUGAUAGCGAUUGGAAAGAAUUGACUGAGGUGACAGAGAAUCGGCGAAAAUCUCGAAAGUCAAUUCUCACCGAUGAGAUUAUCAUAUUGGAUGAUAAAGAAAAGCAUAUUGAUGAGAAGGAUAUUAAUGUUAUCAUCAUCUUAGACAGUGAUGAUGAUGAAGAUGCUGAUGAUGAUAAAGAUUAUUUAUCCACCAGUUGAAAUGAUUUUCCUCAAUUUUUUUUCUUCUACAAAUUCAUCUUUACCUUUAUUUCAUCUUCCAUCUUCAAUUUAUUACCAUUGGUCAUCAAUUUUCAUCUCUCAUCUUGUAUAAUAAUCAAACAACUAUAUUUUUCUAUUACCAAUUUACCUACACUCACUUUCCCAUCUCUCUCUCUCUCUCUAUUUUUCUACCUGUGCUGAUACACUUUUUCAAUUGAGAAUUGAAAUUAUACCUUCUCUCUUAUUUUUCGAGUAACUUUCAAUUCAUUUUUGGUUCACUGGGAGUUCACUUGACUUAGAUAAUAACAUAUAUCUUCACUUUAUCUCCACCAUGUUAUCCUCCCAUCAUGAUCUCUCUUUCGUUCUCUCUCUCUCUCUUCUCCUCCUCUUCUGCAAAUUAUCUUGAAGAUGAAGUUUUUUACGAUAAUAGUUUUAUCUUGAGUCUCUGUAUUCUGAAAAUGCUUGAAACAAAUAGAAGAUGAUAUUAAACAACAAUAUUGAUAUUUGUUGUAUAA